AUGUCUGGCUCACUACCACACCACAAACGCGCCGGUGAGGAUUUGGACCACUCUCAGUACAAUGCCGCCGGCGAGGAAGCUUCAGACAACAAAAAGCCACGCUUCGACCUACGCAACCCCUCAUCCCUGGCUGCGGAUGCCCAAGAAGAUGAUGCCAUCCUAGACGCCGAUGAAAUUGGCCGGCGUGGCCAGCAAAUACGACGCAAAGCGGUCAAUCUCGACGGGUACGACUCGGACAGCGACAACGAAGGUUUCUCUGGCCGCGGGGAAGAAAAAUCAAAGCGCAAAGAAGAGAAGCAAGAUGCUGACGAUGACGAUAUGUUUGCCGAGCUUCAAGAAGACUUCGGUGAGGAGGAAGUGGACGGUGACGAAGUCUUGAACAAAAACAAGAAGAACGUUCGUUUCCUGCGGGAUGACGAGAUUGAGGGACAGGUUGCUUCUUCAAAGGGUGGAGGGGCUCUCAAUGUGGAUCUGAGCAAGGGCGCAGAUCAAAUGCCCGACGACAACGAGUCCAGUGACAGCGAAGUCGGAGAGGAAGAACGCGCGCGGGUCGACGAAGAUGUCGAUGAGGAACUUGGCGCUGGCGCGAAGAAAAAGCAUGCGCCUCUACUUGAUGCCUUCAACAUGCAAAAUGAACAGGAGGAAGGUCGGUUCGACGACCAAGGCAACUAUGUUCGCAAGGCAGCAGAUGCAGACGCAAAAUACGACAACUGGCUGAAUGACGUAUCGAAGAAAGAUAUCAGAGCAGCUAAAGCGGCAGCCGAAAAGCGCGAGGAAGAACGCAAAGAAAAAGAUCGAAUGGACGACAGCAUCUUGACAUCGGAUGUCCUUAAGACUAUUAUCACACAUCUUGAUCGUGGUGAAACGACACUUGAAGCAUUGGCCCGACUAGGCAAAGGCCUUCACCGGAAACCUAAGUGGCAAAACAAGAAGAACAAGAAAAAGGAUGUGACUGAAGAUACUGAAAUGGCGGACGAAAACCCCGAAGAAGUGGCCCGAAAGCAGGCCAUUGAUGCUAUCACUGGCGCCGCCGAUAUCUUGAUGGGCCGAGGCCAGGUCGACAUCUAUGACACCGAACGUGAAAUGCUUACUCGUCAAUACCGCAAUGAGACCGGGGAACAAUGGGUUGAGCCUCCCUCCAAAUCAGGAAAUGGAGAGACAGAGCAAGGGCCCGCCAUGUGGGAGUAUCGCUGGUCUGACGCUCGAGACGGAGGCGAAGCCCAUGGCCCAUAUGAUAGCGCUAUGAUGGACGCAUGGAACAGUGCAGGCUACUUUGGCGAAGGCGUCGAGUUCCGCAGAGUCGGCGAUGCAGGGCCGUGGAGCAACAGUGUUACCUUUGUCUGA